AAGAGCCGCCGACUCAGCGAGCUCAACAGGCGGCCGAGCGGGGCUGCGUCGUGUGGACCCGUCCCGGGAUGGACAAGCUGAAGAAGGUGCUGAGCGGCCAGGACACCGAGGACCGGGGCGGCCUGGCCGAGGUUGUUGAGGCAUCUUCAUUAAGCUGGGGUACCAGAAUAAAAGGCUUCAUUGCAUGUUUUGCUACAGGAAUUGUCUGCUCACUGCUGGGAACUCUUCUGCUCUGGGUGCCCAGGAAGGGACUAUACCUCUUUGCAGUGUUUUAUACCUUUGGUAACAUCGCAUCAAUUGGGAGCACCGUCUUCCUCAUGGGGCCGAUGAAGCAGCUGAAGCGAAUGUUUGAGCCGACGCGUUUGAUUGCAACCAUCAUGGUGCUGUUGUGUUUUGCACUUACUCUGUGUUCUGCCUUUUGGUGGCAUAACAAGGGGCUUGCGCUCAUCUUCUGCAUUUUGCAGUCCUUGGCCCUGACAUGGUAUAGCCUUUCCUUCAUACCCUAUGCAAGGGAUGCUGUGAAGAAGUGUUUUGCUGUCUGUCUUGCAUAGCACGUGGUCAGUUGUGCAAGGCUUUGGAAGGCGCCGUGGACGGAAGCUGGUGGACAGUUCUGUAAAUACCUUCUAAACCUCUGUCUUACAGACACGUGCCUUUUCUCUUGCAGCAGUGUGUUGCUUGUGAUCUGAACAUUUGAGGUUGCUUUUGGAGGCAAUGUUGUGGUCCCAAACCCAAAUGUCUAUAGCACGGUAUGAGAGGUGGGUUCUGUAUCUCAUGGGGUAGACUAUUCCUCACGCACUUGUUCCCUCUUUAGAUGAAGUGUUCCACUGAAAUCUUCUAAAUAAAAACCUUGUUCAGCAGCCACAGGUCAGCUUGGGAGCCAGGGCU